CGGUGUGUGUUGGACAAGCAAGAGACAAUGGGACUGUGGACUGGGUCGUCUCCAUCGGGUGGCGCCAGCUGAGCUGUGACUGCCCGUCAGGUGGCCGGGAGAAACGUCUUGAAGGAUGGUGCCGUUGUGGGCUCUGUCUGUGCCACUGCCUGCGGUGGUGCUGAUGGCAGUGUGCGCUUACAUGCUGUUACUGGGGGUGGCAUUGUGGGGAAGACACUGCUUAAAGGUGGAGUGUGGUGCGGAAUGCUGUGCGUGUUGUGACAGUGUGUCAGUGUGUGACUACUGCUUGACGUGUGCUGAGGCCUGUGACGUGAGUGUUCCCUCCGUGAGGUCGUGUUUGGAUGCCUGUUGCCCUAGUAACAGCUGCCCCACUUGCCCCACCUGCUCCGCCCCCAGCUGCCCCGACUGCCCCAGUUGCCCUGCUCCCACCUGUCCUGCACUGUCUUGGCCGUGUGGAGGUGUGGAUCUGACCUGUACGUGCCAAAGGCCCCAGUGUGACACCAUCAACUGCUUCUGCUGCGAGGGCCGCAUCGGGUUCAGGUCAUCAGGUCCAGUGGCGAGCAGGGCAUGUGGAGAGCAGGGCAUCCAGUGAUCAGGUGGUCAGGUCCAGUGGUAGAAGUGUGGAGUGAUGGUGCAGGGCAUCCAUUGCAGGGUCAUUGAGGAGCUGAAGAUGGACAGAUGUACACUCUAGUUGGAUGGCAGCUGGGGGCUUGCGUAGUCGAUGGGAGGCAUGCGUGCAAAUGCGCGUCAUUGUGCGUUGCGUCAUUUACGCAUCCUCCACAGUGCCACAAAUAACUCCUCCAAUGACAAUACAUGUAAUGCGCUCCAAGUAUCAAAAAUUCUGAGGGCGCAUUAAGCUUUGCAUGGACACACAAUGGCGACCGGAGAUUAUGUAAGCCCCCUUAGUAGGGUAGUCAUUUAACUACCUAAAUAAUAAAAUAAAAAAAUAAAAAAUGC